GGAUUCCACUAUCGAAAUUAAAAUUAGUCCGUAAAAAUGUUCGCUAAUGCAGAAAUAUCAGAAAAGUAAUAGGGCCUACCAUCAACAAAUAACAAAAUGCUGCUUGUGAGGAAAAGUUUCUUUCGAUCGUAUCAUUCGUGGAGUUUCAAACCAUUACAAGAUAGUUAUAAUGCUGGAAAGGUAUUUUCAAGCAGCCACUUCUCCAGACGAGCAAUAUCAGUCAGAAGGGGAGUCGGCUCAUUUCCAGGAUCAUCUUCGGUCAUGCUGAAAGUUGGGUUUUUAAAUGCCCCACAGAUUUGCCAUUAUUCUAAUUUCUCCCAAUUUAAAAAGCCUUGCAAAAUAGGAUGUGCCAGUGGAUUUUGGGGAGAUACUCCUACAGCAGUGGAGCAGCUGGUGAGGGGAGGAAGUUUGGAUUACUUGAUCUUGGAUUACCUCUCAGAAAUAACCAUGUCUUUGCUGACUGCAGCAAAGGCAAAAAAUCCUCAACUGGGCUAUGCUCCUGACUUUGUUCUGCAUGCUGUGGGACCACAACUUAAAAACAUCAAAGAUCAAGGCAUUCGUGUGAUAAGCAAUGCUGGAGGCAUCAAUCCAGCUGCAUGUGCUGCUGCACUCCAGACUGCUGCCUUAAAGGCUGGAAUUGAUAUCAAGGUUGGUGUUGUUACUGGAGAUGAUCUUCUGUCUCAAGUGCACACUUUUGCAGAUGCUCAAGAUUUAACAACUGGUGAACCCAUGCCAGCAAAACCCCACAGUAUAAAUGCCUACACUGGGGCUGGUGCCAUUGUGCGUGCGCUUGAGCUUGGUGCUGAUGUUGUCAUCACAGGCCGCUGUGCUGAUUCAGCAAUGGCUCUAGCUCCAGCUGCAUUCCAUCAUGGCUGGAAGCUGUCAUCCCUGCAAGAGGCUGCCGGGGCAAGUGUGGCUGGACAUUUGCUCGAGUGUGGCGCCCAAGCCACCGGUGGCAACCACACUGACUGGCGGCUGGUACAAGACUGGCACAAUAUGGGGUUCCCGAUAGCAAGCGUGUCAUCGGACGGGGCGUGCGUGAUCAGUAAACCAGCUGGGUCAGGAGGGCUGCUGUCGCGCGGUACGGUGUGCGAGCAGCUACUCUAUGAGAUAGGUGACCCGAGAAGUUAUGUGCUGCCUGACCUUGCUGUGGACAUCACGGGGGUGACUGUGGGAGAACCCCAGCUGGAGGACGACGGCCAGAUGGGGGUUAGGGUGACCGGCGCUCGGGGCAAACCUCCAACUGACACUUAUAAGGUCGGUGCUACUUACCUGAGCGGCUUCAAAGCCACGGCCGUAUGCGUGAUCGGAGGCCCGUACGCUGCAGAAAAAGGCAGAAUUACCGCCCAGGCUACGCUUGAAAGAGUGAACCGGCUGCUGCGGACGGCUGGGGUGGCGCCGAUCACGCAAUACCACGUGCAGAUGAUAGGGGCUGAAGACUCGUACGGACCUCACGCUCGUGCUGUGGAGAGUCGCGAGAGCGUGCUGUGGCUGAGCGUUCAGCACGCAGCACGGAGGGCAGUGGAGGUGUUCAGCAUGGAGGUGGCCGCCGCGGGGACUGGAGGCGUCCCUGGGCUAAUGGCUCUCGUGGGGGGACGGCCGAAACCGACUCCCGUCCUCAAGCUUCAUUCAUCCCUGGUCAAAAAAGUUGACGUACCUUUGACGGUGACGGUGGGCGACCACAGCGAGGAGUACUGCGAGGCUGCAGGAGGCGUGCGCUACAGCGCCUACUGCCUCGACAGUCCUGAUGCCUCGCAAGCCCCGACUGUCCUGGGAGACUGCACCCACCGUCUGGAGUCGCUGGCAUACACGCGCAGUGGCGACAAAGGCGACAGUUGCAACAUCGGUGUGGUCGCUCGUAGGCCCGAGUGGCUGCCUCUCCUACAGGAACGCCUUACAGCCGCUGCUGUAGCGCGCUACAUGCAACACGUCUUCCCGCCUCACGUUGACCCGCUACUAUGCGUCAAGAGGUACGAAGUGCCAGGCAUCGGCGGUUUGAAUUUCGUUUUGGACCAGAGCCUCGGUGGCGGAGGAGUUGCUAGUCUCCGUCCUGACGCUCAGGGCAAAGCCUACGGCCAAAUGCUCCUCGAUUUCUCUCUUGAGCAUCUGCCUCCGCUCGACAGACUGUAAUCGUGAAGCUGACAGACUGUAAUCGUGAAGCUGGAAGACUGUAAUCGUGAAGCUGGAAGACUGUAAUCGUGAAGCUGGCAGACUGUAAUCGUGAAGCUGGCAGACUGUAGUCGUGAAGCUGGAAGACUGUAAUCGUAAAGCUGGAAGACUGUAAUCGUAAAGCUGGAAGACUGUAAUUGUGAAGCUGGAAGACUGUAAUCGUAAAGCUCUGGCAGACUGU